AUGGGGGGCUCCGAUACACCCGGGACGCUGGAGAACGACAGGGGCGUCGAUGUCGGUAUGGCGCCGUCCCCUCCAUCCCACCGCCUGGGGCAAGGCAACGGGCGCCCAUCUCCUCACAGGGAAUACGGGAUGAGGGGCCCCAGCAACCGCGCAGCCGGGCCAGAAACUGUCUCUUGGAGGGAUCUUCCUCGCAAAGACCAACUUUGUGUCAUCACCCUGGCGAGACUAAGCGAACCGCUCGUUCAGACCUCCAUCCAGUCUUACAUGUUUUACCAGCUCAAAUGGUUCGGCCCGACCCUCUCUGACGCGGUAAUAUCGGGCCAAGCUGGCAUCUUGCAGUAUGUCGUCCCUUCUGGCUCCGUUUGCCGCCCAGGGGUAGCUCCUGACCGUCUCCGCCUCGCCCGUAGCGCAAGUUUCACGGCUGCACAGUUCUUGACUGCCAUGCUCUGGGGUCGGAUUGCCGAUUCCGGCCGGGUUGGCCGCAAAACCGUGUUAAUGAUUGGCCUCGCGGGAACAUGUGGGUGCUGA